CCCGUCCCCCCCGACAGACAGACAGACAGGCAGGCAGGCAGGCAGGCUGACACGCUGCUUUGCUGUGAUCUGGGGUGAGAGUCUCUUCCCACGUACUGGCUUAUUUUUAGUAGCUAGCAGCGGGGAAUAUGCACAUUGCCAAAAAAGUUUGGGCGGACGGCAAAGCUUUCGUUGUUACUUUACUGGAAAAAAAAACCUAAGCAAAACAACAUUUUUGAGGAAGUGAGAUUUGUUGGGAGGUAUUUUUAUUUAUUUAUUUAUUUUUAAAGAAGGGUGUUGUUUUUUGUUCUAUCGCCUAUAGUGGCAAGAAGAUACAACGAAGUGUAUUUAUUUUGUUUGUAUUUAUUUAUUUCACAAAGUAAUUCGCAUAAUAUACCUCGCUUUUGCUGGAGCCCCGUUGCCAUCUCUUCUUUCUCUAUAGAUUAAUUUUGGUCACAGACUGGAUGCACAGUGGCGAAGAGGCUUUCUGUGGCCGUUGGGAUAGCAAUAUAUCAUAGUGAUGAUGGAGGGCAGAGGCAGUUAGCCACCGGGACCGCUCUCUGCGCCGUGUGGCAGUGUGUGUGACACGGGUCGCGACUCGCAAACAGUUCGGUGAGUGUGUGGGGGGGACCGGGGACCCCAGGCUCAUCCCCUAGUCCCGAAGCGAUGGGGUGCGGGCUGAGGAAGCUGGAGGAUCCGGAGCAUAGCAGUCCUGGGAAGAUUUACUCCACACUGAAGAGACCGCAAGUCGAGACCAAGACCGACACGGUGUACGAGUACACAAUGCUGGAUUUCACACUGGAAGGCACUUCAAACCCAGCUGUGCUACGGAUCGGUUCCCUGCAAGAUCUCCCCAGUGAGUUGGAGCAGUACUACAGGAAGGGGUUUGUCCUGACCGCCUUCCACCCAAUCGUCUUGUCCGUGGGGCGGAGACGGCACUUGCCAAUCAGCCUGCUGUACCGUGCCGUGCUGGCCCGCCCCCAACCCAACUCCAAACACGCCAGCCCUGCAGUCCACAGCACCCCCCGACUUCUGGUGGAGGAGUGGCUGCAGCCAGGAGACACGCUGAGCAGCGACGUGGUGAGGGGCCUGCUGGACAAGGUGAACAGCUGUGCCCAGCGAGGGCUGCGAUUCCUGGGCUUUGUGCCCCAGCAGGGAGGGGGCGCACUGCGGAGCUGCAACGGAGGGGGUCCGUGCAGCCGGGGGUCCCCCAGCGGACUGUCCUGUGAGAGCGUCAUCGAGGACGAGAAACCCCCUGAAUACGGAGGCUUCAACGAGGGGGGGGGCAGCCCCCAGCCCUCACACCGCAGGGAGGAGAUCAAGCUGUUUGCCCUGUUCCACUCCUGGGACUCGGCCUACCCUGCCUGGCUGGCUCGGGAUGAGGACGUACCAUCCUGGACCUACCACCAGGGAGCACUCUCUAUGAAGGUGACACGCAAGGGGCAGACCAUCAGCAUGCUGGAAGCUGAUUGGCUGGCGCUCACCACCGCCUACUACAAAAAGGGCUGGUCAUUGGUGGAUUCCUUUGUGUACUGGGAGACACCCAAAGGAGAGCCGGUGCCCAGGUCUCUGGAGGGUCUGUUUGUGUAUGAGGAGCGAGGGGCCUCCACAGCUCCCCCUACAGGCAAUGACACCAUCAUAGUGGAGCAGUGGACUGUCAUCGAGGGCUGUGAUGUCAAGUCAGAUUACGGACCCCUGGUUCACACCCUGGCAGAGUUUGGUUGGCUGCUGACCUGCGUGCUCCCCACCCCACUAAUCCGCCAUGACAGCGAGGGAAACCUGGCCACCAAGCAGGUGGUGUUCCUGCAGAGAGCCAUGCGAGACCCCGCCCCAUCCGAGCGUACCCCCCGCUCCCCGCGCAGUGAGGAUGACAGCGUGCAUACGGCGAGCCGCGGGGUGGGCGGGGCCAGGUGUGAUGACCUCACAGGGGGGUUCCCAAGGUUCGGGGGGUACCCCAGCGCACUGAGAGACUUGGAGGAGGGGGGCUUUGAGCAGGAGGAGGUUGCUGCAGAGGUCACCUGCAUGUGAGGCCAGAGUCUCGGCACUGCAGCUGGCAUCAGCAUUGCACUGGGGCUGCUGCAGGACCUUAGCGCUUUCUCUGCAGUAUAUAAAGGACGGCUUUACAAAAGGGAAGAACCAGAUCUCAGUCCAUACAGCCUUGCCCAGCUGUCUGCAGCCCUGCUGGGAGAGUGGUCUGGUGCAAACAGACCUGGAUCUGGAGGGGCUGGUACUGUUUGAGGAGCCUCUUUAGGAUAUAACCUGUGACACCAGACCAUUACUCUCAAGACCCCUCUAUACCUUCUCCCCUGUCCCCUUCAUGCGAGGCCAGCAGGGGAGCGAGCCUGCUCAUACUGCCCAUGUAGUAUCGGACUGUGCAGGACUGAUUAUACUGUGUGUGUUGAUGUGUUUUCAGAAGAGACGUGGAAAAAUAAAUUUAGACAUUGCUGUGGCUAAAAUAGCUUCUCCCCUUCAUGACAAAAAACAGGAUGUCAGUCACACAGCAGGAUGUAGGAUGUAUAUAAAACAUUUUCAAAAACACAGGCUUGAGAAGAGGAAGAGGCGGUCUGCCUUUUUAAAGAGGGGGUUUGAGUGCGGGACACAGGGCACGGUUUAAAGUCCUGCUUUAAGGUGGUGGUGGUGUUUUUCUUUAGUCUCUAAUUGGAUGCCGAACUUCAAACACCUGGUGGACCAUUGUUCUAACUGCAGCCCUGACCAGUGAGUUUCUGGAUUUCCCCUCAAUGUUCUAUAGCAGCACUCUGAUGUUUAUCUGAACACCUGGUGGGUCCCAGUUAGUUUGCUUUUAUUCCACUGUGCAAGCUGGACAAUAAACUGCAGCGAUACCACAGAAUCAUUGAGAAUUGACUUGAAGUGUCAUACAGAAUGGUACGGAUCUCCCUGGAGCGUACAGGAGACCUCAUAUAUUAGCGUAAUCUCUUCCUUUUCACGACUGUUUUUCAUAUAUGACAAGAUUUCACAUUAUUAAUAGAAUUUCCAUUAGAAUAAUACAAAAAUUAAAAAUACUGUAACUUUUGGGAGUUUGUAUCAAUAAUAUUUUGUAUUCAGAAGUUGUUUAUGUUCUGAUAAUUGUUUAAUAACCGUCUUUGCAUAUUAAAUUAAAAUGAUUUUAUUCAGAACGAGUGCACCAGCAGUUCACUGUCCCCCCAGAGAUAUGGUAUGGUUGGAAAUGUGGGAAUUAUCG